CUCCUUCUCCAAUUCUUUCUUCGAUUCCAUGCAAAGAAGAAACCCGAAACAACGAUUCCUUAUCUCUUCCGUCCAGAUUCGGAAUCACAAUUCUUCUGUUCUUCACCAGAUCUUCAUCUUGUCACCAUCGCCAAGGUCAUUCUCCCUCUCGAUCGGUCGAUCCUCAUACUUCUUUUGUUCUACAUCAGAUUUUCAUCUUCUCACCGAGGUCGUUCUCUCUCUGGAUCCUCUUCGACCUGAAAAUUUUUCUUCUCCGGUUCUCUUCAGGUACAGAAUCACUUUCAGGCUUCAGCUUGCUGCCUUGCUCUGCAUUUCGUUGCUUUACUUGAUCCUCAUACUUCUUUUGUUCUUCAUCAGAUUUUCCUCUUUCUCCCGAAGUCGUUCUCUCUCUGGAUCCUCUUCGACGGUUCGACCUGAAAUAUUUCUUCUUCGGUUCCCUUCAGGUACAGAACAGUGAAUCACUUUAAGCUUGCUACCUUGCUCUGCAUUUCGUUGCUUUAGUUUAGUAAAUUUCUUAUCUUUUUACUGCUUAUUUAGGAUUGGGUUUUGCUCUGCAUUUUGAUUUUUGAGUUUAUUUACAGAGUAUAUUUAUUUAUGUGAAAUUCAAUUUGAAUUUUGUUUUGGUAUUUUGCAUGUUCUGCAUUUCUGUUUCAAUUCUUUGUCAUAAACAACUCAUCUGACCGUCUUUGAUUUCAAGCAUGCCUUUAAGAUGCCUAAUGUUCCAUCCACUGCCCUGUUCAUUAUCACUUCAGCUGGUUCUCUGUUUCACCAGCAAGGAUUAAUAAUCUGUUUAUGAGUGAACGAAAUUUGUUUUAGUUUAGUAAUACAUUUCUGUAUUUUGCAUGUUCAUCUGCAACUGAUUGAAUCUAUUAUUAAUAUUAAGUUUUGGUUUUGUUAUUUAUGAGAAUUACCAAGAUUCUUGAUCAUUGAAAUGGAUUUAAAUACUUAUUUGACAAUUUUUCCAGCCUUAUCUGUUUUGUAUUCGUACUUCAUAGUGUUUUAAUUUAAAUUUAUUAUGUUAAUUUGUGAUUCUAUAAAUUAUCUUAUUGAUU